UCCUUAAUUUCACAUUCACAUCUAAUCCACUUCUUUCUUCUUAUUACAUUACAUUAUUAUUAUUAUUCUUAUCUAUCUAUAUUAUUAUUAAUUCAUUUCAUAACAACAACAAUAAUAAUAAUAAUAAUCUCACUCUCCUCAUUUUAUAUAAAUCCCAUCACAUCUUCUUCUCACUAUUUCCCUUUUAACUCCUCAACAAGAAUCUUCUUCUUCUUCUUCUUCUUCUUCUUCUUCAACGAUCCAAAUCUAUUCAUCAUAAUAAGAUCCAAUGGGUUGUGUUGUUCCUGCAGAACUUAGUUUAGAUUUAAGACCAACUUUCGUUCCCAAAACCAUCGCUAAUUUCCUCUUUCACCUUUCCACAAUCCAAACCACCUCCGAUAAACUCUCUAAACUCCAUGAUUUCCUCUCCAGACUCGAAGAUGAACUCAAUAAGAUCGAUGCUUUCAAACGUGAACUACCUCUCUCCAUGCUCCUCUUAAACGACGCAAUUUUGGUUUUGAAGGAGGAAUUGGAAAAAUGUACAAGUAAAAAUUCUGUGCCAGUUUUGGAAGAGUUUAUUCCUUUGAAGAAAGAGAUUGAUCAAAGUGAAGAGAAUAAAAAUAAUGAUAGAGACAAGAACAACAACAAUGAAUGCAGCAAAGAUAAGAAGAAUUGGAUGAGUUCUGUUCAGUUAUGGAAUAACAACACAACAACUUCUAAUAAUAAUGUCUCUGAUCAUCAUCAUCAUCAUAAACUUAAUAAAUUAGAAACAACCAAGAAAAGGGAGGAAGGACAAUCUGUGACUGUAGCUGAAGACCUUUUUCAAUCUUGUAGUAGUAAUAGAAAUGGAGGAAGUGCUUUUAUGCCUUUUUCAGCGUAUUCUUCUGUUCCUGUGACAACAGUGACAUUAUCAGCGCCUAAAGAAGAGAAGGAAGAACCUGUUAGGAAUAGGCUCUCUUUUCUGACUCCUGAGGUGAAGAGUUUGAGAGAAGGAUUUGGUUCGAGGGGAUCAAGAAGCAGUUCUAACAGGGCAGUUUCGUCGUCGUCUCCUCCUACCGUGCAGCCGAGUUUGCGUGCUGCGCCGCUUCAGCCGCAGCAGACUUCUAGGAAACAGAGGAGAUGCUGGUCACCGGAAUUGCACCGGAGAUUUGUUAAUGCGUUGCAGAAGCUUGGAGGUUCUCAAGCAGCAACUCCAAAGCAAAUUAGAGAACUCAUGCAAGUUGAUGGCCUGACUAAUGAUGAAGUGAAGAGCCAUUUGCAAAAAUACCGACUUCAUACGCGGAGAGUUCCAGCUGCAAGUGGUACUGAUCAGUCUGUUGUAGUUCUUGGAGGUUUAUGGAUGCCUCAAGAACAUUACAAUGACUCUUCCAAAGGUAGCAGUACGGCGUCUGGUUCUCCACAGAGUCCACUUCAUUUAGCUACAGGAUCCCGGGGAGGGACAUCACCAACUGAAGGUGAUAGCAUGGAAGAUGACGAUGAUGAAAAAUCCGAGAGUUAUAGCUGGAAAAGUCAUAUUCACAGACAUGGAAAAGUUGGUGUAUAGGAUAUACUCUCUCCACCAUGAAUUUUGCAGAUAAAAGUAUACAUGGGAGGAGUUUUACAACUACAUACAAUGAGAAUAAUACAUGAAUACAUAGAAGAGGCUAUUGGAAUUUUUUGAAGGUUUAUCUUGACUUUUAUACUAGAGAUUUGAUUUGAGACUAUGAAUUAUAAUUUUAUUAAUCCUACAUUCCACGAUAAGAAUCAGGUCAUUUUUAUCUAUAAUAAUUCUUUCAUUUGUUUUUGUCACAAGUGAAUGCCCCAGAAGAGAUAUUAUUAGUCCAAUGUUAUGUUUUUGUGGAUGUUAGUCUCUUACAGUAUUAUUUACACAUAUAAACCACUUCACAAAUUUCAGAGAUGUCUUGUCAUGAUUAAUCACUCUUUUUCUAGAUUACCUUUGUGUUUUCCUGUCGUGGUUUUUUCUCAAAGACACUGAACAGGAAACAUUUAUGUUAUUUCCAUUUUGUGCUCUGGCUCUCGUUGUAAUCUGUCAAAAAAAAGGCCUUUAAGGGCAAAAUCUGUCA